GAGCCUCGUCCGUCUGAUCAGAUCGAGUACCGUUGCAAGAUAUGCGACAAAAUACUCUGCGACCGGAACUCCCUCCAUCGCCAUUAUGAACGCAAACACGUCGAGGAAGCGACGGAGCGCAACUAUUGUGUCGAAUGUAACCGGCAGUUUAAAAACAGUUGCCAAUACGACGAACAUCUGAAGUACAGCGUCAAACACAGGCCGAAUCCCGCCAUCCCGUGCCCGGACUGCGGCAAGGUGUACACGAAGAAGAUUAACAUGACCAAUCAUUUCGCGCUCGUCCAUCUCAAGAAGACCAAGUUUUACUGCGCGCCCUGCGAAAUGUACUUCCUGAACGGGUUCCGGCUGAGAUACCACCAGAAGUACUUUCACGAGAAGCGACCCAAGCCCAAGCACAAGAUAUGCCACUACUGCGGGAAAGGUUUUAGUAGUAACCGCAUAUUGGAGAAUCACACGCGAACGCACACGGGCGAGCGUCCGUUCGAGUGCGAAUUGUGCGCGGCCGCGUUCGCACAGAAGCAUGCGCUCACUAAACAUGUUACUACGGCGCAUAAGAAUAAGAACUAAUACCACAGAAUAAAUAAUAGUACUAGCAAAGAGGAUUUGAAGAAGAGAGUUACUGUCAUGGUAAAUUAUGUAGCUACAGUUCAUUUACUGCCAUCUUUCGACAGAAGAUUAAACCUGUUUGAACGCCAUUUGAUUUUGAUCCUUAUUCUUUAACUGAUAUGUGUUAACUUUUUCAAUAUUAAUAUUCACGCCAUCUACUCGAGCAUAGGCUGAAGGUUAUGGCGCCAUCACUCGAAAACAUGAAACCAUACCUUUGGCCUAUAGUCGAGUAGAUGGCGUGAAUAUUAUUUUUUAAUAAGUUAACACAUAUCACUGAAAGAAUAAGGAUCAAAGUCAAAUGGCGUUCUAACAGUUUUAUGUUCUGUCGAAAGAUGGCAGUAAAUUUACAGUGGCUACAUAAUUUACUUUGACAAUCCGUCUCUAUAGACUUUAUUCCCUUUGGUACUAGGUACAGAAAGUUCAGUCUCUAACAAAUCGUGUCAAUUAAACGACAGAUAUGACCGCAAGGUGGCGCAAGCACGAGCAGGCUUCCGUUCCGUAGCGGUGCGCGGCAACUACUUACUACUGCUAGAUACCAAAAAUGGUGUGGGCCGCAUGUAAUUGUACCGACGCGAGGAAAUCGCGGAGUGAGCCACGCCUGCUAAUACGUUGUUCGAACGAAUGUUCGUUCGCGAUACAUUGCUCGGUCGCGUUCGAGGCUCCUACUAUUCAUAAAGAAAUUGUAGAAAAUUAUUGAGGGCGCCACUUACUACAUAA